UUUAUAUUUCAUUAACAACCUACUACCUAAUAUUAAAAUGAAUGUAACAUGACAAUUUUAAAUUAGUUAUUACAACAUUAAUUUGGAAAGCUAACUAGUAGAAAAGUAAAAAAUAAAGUAUUUAUAUUUGUUCUUAAAUAUAUUUUUUUUAAGUAUUUGAUAUGUAUUUUAAAUGCUUUCUGAAUGGAUGUACUUGUAUCUCGGUAUCUAUAAUUAAAUACAAUUUUAAAAGUAUCUAUUACAAGACUGUGUAUUGUUAAUACUCAAUAAAACAUUUAGUAAAUAGCCUUUUGGUAAUAAAUUUUGAUAAAGUCUAGUUUAUGACAUGUUCAAAUAGGUAAUUGGGUAAAAUGUAGAUAUAAAUAAACAUUAUUAAAAGCCAUCUCAGCAUAUUAGAUAGUUAUUGCUGUCAAUGACAGAUAUAAAGUGUAAUGAUUUUUUGUUUUAACAUAAAAUUUGCAUUUAAUUAUUUUAAAUACAAUAAAGAAUAAUGGAAUUUAAUUGUGAUACUUGCAAAAGUCAAUUUUCUACUAAGUUUACACUUACAAGGCAUUUGAAAAAUAAACAUAAUAUAAUAAAUGAAGUAAAACAAAAAUCAUCUAAAUGUAUUACUUGUUCUAAUUUAACAUUUUCUAAAAAAGUAUUAUUAAUUAAUCAUUUAAAUGAUCAUCAUGGAACAUGUAUUGAAAAAGAAAUUAUUAACUUUUCAAAUGUCUCUGAAUUUAACAACUGGUUAAAAGAGUAUGAAUCAAAAAAUAAAUGUGAAUAUGUCCUUCAGACGGGGAAAAAAAAGUCAAAAGAUGGCCAUAGAAGUUACUAUGAGUGUGGUCGAACAGGUGUUCAUAAAGAAAUUGAUAGUAUUAAAAGAUCAAUAAAAUCACAAGGUAGUAAAAAAAUUAAUACCAACUGUACAAGUCACAUAAUAUUAUUUGAGCAUUUAAAUAAAAGUAGUUGUGAUGUAAUAUUCUAUAAAUAUCACUAUGGCCACCAAGAAAGUGAACUUCAACAUAUUAGUUUACCAAUUACUAAAAAGCAUGAAAUAGCAACUAAAUUAUCGCAAGUUAUAUAUUACAAAAAACAAGGUUAAUAAUAUAACAAUAAUUUAUUUUAAUAUUUUAAUAGGUAUAUAACAUAUAUAAUUUAUAUAUUUUUAAUUAUAAUAAAAUAUAAAGGUGAUUUAAUUAUACAAAAAUGAUAUGUAUUAACCCCACAUAAGAACAAAGUUGGGCAAGUUAGUCAUUUUUUUUAACUAGUUGAUGUUAAGUUACUUUAGUAAAAAAACUAACUUAGAACAUAAGUUAGUUUCUGAAACUGUCCAAAUUUUUAACUUAGUUAGAAGUUAGUUUGGCAAAAACAGUAACUUAAGUUAGAUUUUUUUUAGAUUAAAAAACUUUUGUGUUCCAAUGUAUUAUUUUUCAUUUAACCGUUCGCGAGUAAUAGCUUUUCAAAGUUGGGCGGUUUUGAUAAACAUAUGUUCAAGAAAUUCAGAACAAAUUCUCCAUUAACCCCAGACCUAAAACAAUAGUAACAUUUAAAAGUGGCACUAAUAAUAUAUCAACUUAG